CGAAGAGGUUGCGAAGAUGAUGGAUGCUGAGCUAACAUACCCCGCUGGUCAAGUCCCAUCUGCUGACUCAUACUCGGAGCUUAAUGCAACAUCGUCGAUGAGGUAAGCCGGAGAAUCCAAAGUCGAGCCUUCCGAAAGAUAGCCGGAAUAAGUGGGGGUCCAACUGCCAAAUUUGUUUGCAGCAGGUUGCAUCCGUCAACUUCUGCUGCCACUGUACCUCGAACGCACGGUCCAAGUCGCGACUGGUCUGCCCAAAUUUUUUCGAUAGCUUCCAUCAUCGGCCUGCCUGCUCGUAAGCCUACGAUUCCUGUUGUCCGUCCACGCGUCCCAAACUCCGAUCCCUGGCUUCAUCUCAUCCGCACAGAGCCUGUAACAUUUCGCCAUGUCAUCACUCUGGGAUACGUUUUCUGGUCGCAAGUCCUCUCAGAAGGAUGCAGGCGUUCCCCAUACACCCGCCGCCCAAGAACCCACAACCACCUUCAACAGCCCGCCUGCGACCACCACUACCCAGUUCGACCCAUCAGCAGGAUCUGGUGUCGAGUCUUUCCUCCAAAGCUCCUCUUUUGCCGACCCGUCGCAACUACACCCCCUCUCCGGUCUGAACAAGGACACGCUCGAAUAUCUCUCCCUCGAUGAUGCGACCCUGGCCGACGCUCCUGGCCAGUCUGUCCUCCCCUCUCGAGGCUUCACCGACGACCUCUGCUACGGAACCGGUGUCACAUACUUGGCUGCCUUGUCGAUAGGAGGAGCCUGGGGUCUUCAGGAGGGACUGAGAAGAUCCGUCAACCAGCCGCCGAAGCUGCGCCUCAACUCAGUGCUCAACGCCGUCACCCGCCGCGGCCCUUUCCUCGGCAACUCGGCCGGCGUCGUCGCCAUCACCUACAACCUGUUCAACGCUGGUAUUGGCUACUUCAGAGGGAAGCACGACGCCGCAAACACUAUCUUGGCCGGCGCGCUCAGCGGAAUGGUCUUCAAGAGCACACGGGGUUUGCGGCCUAUGCUGAUUUCUGGUGGUAUCGUGGCCUCCGUGGCUGGUACCUGGGCUGUUAUUCGCAGCACUUUCUUCGCCGCCCCGGAGCCUGUGCAUUCCGAGCGAGCCGCCUUGUAAUUUUACGACGUAACAUAACUUACAAAUCAUCUUUGUGGAAUCUACCCCGCACCACUAAUGAAAAUCCAUUACCUCUGCGGAUCACAAUGGAUCCGUGGUCGACACUGCUCGCCCGAAACGAGCUUCUUCUGUCUGUUAUUUGAGUAGGAAAUUUAGAGCGCCUCAGGGGAGUCUUGGGCAUUGUGACGGACGAUCUCUCCUCUGGCGGACCCUUGUACAGUAUUUUAGGAAGGAGCAUUAGAAGACCGCAUCACUGGGUGGUAGUGGGCGUUCGAUACGUACUUGUCGACAAAGGCAACAUUAUGCG